AUGGACUUUAUAGCUUAUUUUACAGAUGCUGUUUGAUCAUAAAAUACAGUUGAAAUAUUGUAUGUGUGAUGUGACUAUAUUUGACUACAUUCAGUAUUACAUUAUCUAAUGCUUUAACAGAUUGUCAUUUAAUACUAUUUAUAUAAUCUCUCGACAUACAUGUUAUCCCCUACACUGAAGUGUGUAAUUUGCAGUGAUUUACUCCACUGUUAGCACCACUUGCAAAAUCUAACGGAGGUUGAACUAAUUAGAUACAUUUACAUUUUGAUAUGAUUUGCAUCAUAUGAAAAAUACACCUUAAAUUUACAGUGUAAGCUCUGUAUUAUCUCUGUCAUGACUGUUCGAGGGGUAAUUAUUCUGAUCACAGGGAGGACUGUACAAGCACAUGGUGCCAGCCAAAGAGAUUUCCAUCUCUUAUCAGCUUUAUUAUUCUGUGGUAAUCUGUACGGCUGCAAUAUGGCACAAAACAAGUUGUUAUGCAUAUGCUGAAUUGAAAGAUGUAUAUUUGCUUUCUUGAGCUGGAGGGUGAUAUAAAAUUACAUCCUCUUUGCAGUCUGAGAAGAAGAAAUGUAACACCCAAUCAAACAAGAUGAUCAAUCAGAGCCAAUUCCAGUCAGGUGAGAUCACCGCAAACCAACCAAGUGAGCCAGAGUCAGGUCUGUUUGCAGGAGUCCAGUUCUUUGCAGUGAAGAACUUUUAAUCAUGUCUCUUGUGAUUUAGGUCUAAAGAUGCCCUACAAAAUGAACUACUUUCGUCUCAUGCGUGCACUCACACACCACCGCCAUGCCAUAAAGUGUAUGACGUAGUCUACAGCUCCAGUAUGAAAGGGCAAACUCUGCUCAGUCAGGCAGACAGUGAAGUGCUGUGUGGUUCAGAUCCACCUGAUGACCGCGUCCCGCCUCUGAAAGCUCACCUGCGACCGGACGGUGCAGAGGAAACCUCGGGGAUGGAGAGGCUGCUGAGGAAAUGUCAGAUCAGAAACCAACUGGUCAGGGAGUGCAUGGCUGAAUGCCUUGGAGUCUAUGUCCUGAUUCUGUUUGGAUGCGGCUCCGUUGCCCAGGUGACCACAACUAAAGAUAAGAAAGGCCAGUACCUGUCCAUCAAUCUGGGUUUUGCUCUGGGAGUAACAUUUGGGGUCUUUGUGUCUCGUGGAGUCUCAGGUGCCCAUCUGAACCCUGCUGUAUCUCUAAGCUUGUGCGUUUUGGGCAGACAUCCCUGGAUCAAGCUGCCUUUCUACAUCUUAUUCCAAGUGCUCGGAAGCUUUCUGGCUGCAGCCACGGUUAGCCUGCAGUACUACGAUGCCAUCCAGGCGUACAGCGGAGGAGAGCUGACAGUGACGGGCUCCACUGCCACGGCAGGAAUAUUCGCCACCUACCCAGCCGACUACCUCAGUAUGUGGGGAGGGGUCGUGGACCAGGUGAUAAGCACGGCUGCGCUGCUGCUGUGUGUCCUGGCUCUCGGGGACCAGAGGAACAGCUCCCUCCCUGAUGGUCUUCAGCCCGUACUGGUGGGAGCAGCAGUGCUGGUUAUUGGCAUCUCGAUGGGCUCCAACAGCGGCUACGCCCUCAACCCGGCCAGAGAUUUUGGACCUCGACUGUUCACGUACAUCGCUGGCUGGGGAGUGGAUGUUUUCAAGGCUGGAGGUGGUUGGUGGUGGGUGCCAAUAGUGGCUCCCUGUGUUGGGGCGCUGCUGGGAACACUGAUCUACGAGCUGAUGAUUGAAGUCCACCAUCCUCUCAGUCCGCCUGAGCUCCAGACAUCAUGUCAGGAGGCCACUGAGGGCAAGAUGGGGCUGGAGCUGGAAGGGGGUGGAGCCAGACUGUGAGAAACCCACUUAGUGGUCAAAUUAAGCCACGGUAAAGAGGACAAAACUGUUAUGUGUACAGUAAAUGCUAUUUACGGUUAUGAUACCCAUGGAUUUGUUGUGACUGAAAUGUCUGUGACUGAUUUAGUGGAACAAAUAGAUUGGUUCUGAUACUACGAAUUCUAGGUGAAUGCAACUGAAAAGAGUCCCAUUUGUAAACAGAAAGAAGCUGCAAACACUACUCUGAAUGUGACCCUCAACUCUGCAGAUGAACGUGCUGCACGAGUCAAUCGUCUCUUUUACACAUUUAUUUUGAAACGGCACAAAAGUGUAUGGCAUUUCAGCAAGCAGACCACAACCAUGGAAAAGAAAAUGACAUGAAAUUUCCACUAUUGAGCUAUAUAAAUAUGAUAUGACAUAUAAAAGAUACAAACAAAAAAAAAAAAUCCACUCUUCGGCCUCCAUCACGUGACAACGAAGGCUGUUUUUGAAACGUACAAAAGAAACGUGAGUACAGCAAGCACUGAUUCUGUAGAUAAAAAAAGAACCGUCUCAAAGUGAUAAACAUUUGUAUUCAUACACAUUAAGACAACACAACCCCCACGCUUUCCCUCUGCUUUGUAAUUACAAUGUAUACCUCUGGGGGGAGGGGGGGGGAAUUCUUUUAAACUUCAAAUUGUUUGGAAAAAAAAAGGGAACAGUACAAGUACAAAUACUAUACGUAUUCACAUUAUCAUAGCAAGUUACUAAAACCAGAACAUUUUCUUUUAGUGUAAUAUGUAUUUACAAGGCAAAACGUACACAUAUACUACUGGCAGGAAGCCUGACCUCCCUUUAUCUUCUUCUAGCUUAACGAUUAACAACAUCACACAUUAUUCACACUACACAGGUUACACACCUCCAGUAACCUCGUCUCCUAAUUAAAUGCCUUCAGAGAACCUCAUCUCAUGUCUCAGUUGCAGGUAAAUCGCACCACGUCUGGUACGGUUUGACGCAACCGACUCACACAAAUACCAACAGCAGUAAUAAGUUCUGUAUAAAUAAAUAUUAUAGCAACAUAAAAA